UGAUGAUUUAAAUUUAACAUUGACAGACCGCUCUUUUUAGAGGUUGCGUUAUGUGUCUGUCAGAUGUUUUACGAAAACAUGUCUUAUCGAGCAUGGAAUUGCAACAGUACGUAACAGCAUGUUAUUGGGCCGACAAACUUGUUUGUUUAGAAAAAUACCGUGCAGAAGAUGUAUUACUUUAUGCCAAAGCACUGUAUUAUAGUCGACAAUAUCAUCGUGCAGUAUCUUUAAUUCAGAAUUGUAAAGAAUUAAAACAUUCACUUGUUUGCCGUUAUUUUGUUGCUCAAUGUUAUUACGCUUGCUCAGAAUACACAAAGGCUCUUGAACUCCUCGAACAAUCUGACUGUAUACCUACCGAUUUCACUUCCAAUAUAACAUCACUGGUUGCUGGUUCUUUGUCUAAACAACUGUCCAUAUCAACAGACUUUCAGAAUUCUGAUAAUGAAGAUUCCGUAAGACAAUCCAAUGUUGUGUCUGACAAUUUGAUAAAUGGUUUUACUACUGAACAACUGCAUAGCAGUAUUGCAUUGUUGAAGGGAAAGUUAUAUGAAUUAAUGGAAAAUCGAUCUUUAGCUAUGCAGUUUUAUAAAGAAGCUUUACUUCUUGAUAUAACAUGUUAUGAAGCUUUCGAAAAACUUGUGCACUUCCAAUCAAUCAGUUCGGAAGAAGAAUCUGCUUUACUAACCGAAUUGAAUUUCACUGAUCAUCUCAACCCAUUGAUGAGCAAAUUAACUGAAUUUCUUUAUAAAGACAAAUUAAGUAAGAAUUCCGUAUUAGAAACUAAGGCACCUGAGGAAUUCGACUCACUCAACAAUAAUGCCGAUGUUAUUGCUAAUAAAGCUGGACGUAUGUUAGAUGUUUGUAGAUUUCAAGAAUGUUACGAUAUCACAUCCAGAUUAAUGCAGUCAGAUCCAUAUAAUCUUGCAUGCUUACCAAUUCAUAUUUCUGUAUUAAAAGAAUUAGAAAAAGUAAAUGAGUUAUUUAAAGUGUCUCAUAGGCUAAUGGAUGUGUAUCCGUCAAGUGCACUUGCUUGGUUUUCGGUCGGUUGUUAUUACUUGUGCAUCAAAAAGAAUGAACUUGCAAGACGACAUCUUGUGAAAGCUUCACAACUCGAUAGAAGAUAUGGUCCUAUAUGGCUUACACUUGGGCAUGCAUUUGCUGCGGAUGGUGAACAUGAUCAAGCUAUUGCUUCUUAUUGUACGGCUGCUCAAGUUAUUCGAGGUUCGCAUAUUCCUAUAAUGUAUAUUGGCAUUGAAUACAGUGCUAGCAAUAAUCGUAAUCUGGCUGAACGAUUUCUUAACCAAGCUUAUUUAAUUAGUCCAAGUGAUCCUUUUGUUUUACAUGAAUUAGGCACAUUGGCCUUUGAAUCGCAAAAAUAUGUAGAUGCUACAAGAUUUUUGGUUCGAGCCUAUGAACGAGCUUGUGAAUUAAGUGGACAGGUUCCUUCACCUUUUUGGGAGCCCCUUGUUAAUAAUUUAGCGCAUUCUUACAGGAAAAUGGGACUUUACAGCCAGGCAAUAGCUAUGCACGAACUUGCACUUCGCUUAGUGCCUGAUUCUCCAACAACAUUAGCGUGUCUAGCAAUGCUGCAUGCAAUCAAUGGUAACCUACAGGUUGCAGUAGACUAUCUUCACCGAUCCGUUGGAGUACAACCAUCGAGCUGUGGGUCUACUUCAAGUAAUGUGGCUUCCACAAUGCUUAAUGUAUGUAUUGAAGCAUUAACGGUAAAAGGGAUUUAUGCUUCAAAUCAUAAAGUUGGAAAAGAUAUCCCAGAUACUCUUCCUGAACAUCUUAAGACCUCUGCUGGACCAGGAAGUCUUCCAGGAUCCAACCAAAUUCGUUUUAAAUUGGUACCAAGUGAGACUUUGAAGCAUAUGAAAUCGGCCCUUCAGUUGGAUGUUAAUUAUAGAGAAAAAUCCGCUAACGCACCCAAUACAUCUCCAGACACAAGCAGUGAAGAUGUAUCCAUGGAUCUUGGCUGACUACUUGUUUUGCUAUAACUAAUUAUUAUUGUCUGUAUAAUAAUCACACUUUUUGUAACUAGAUGUAAAGCUGGAUUAACCUUUACAAAUGUUUUUUAUAUGUACGUCAUUAAUUCUUUAGGAUUCAGAUUUUCCAAGUAUACAGUUCCUCUUCUCAUCUUCAUGAAUAUAGUUACAUUGGUUCCUUAUCUUCCUACAGUUCAAUCAUAGCUGUUACUUUGUUAUAGCGUUAAUCUUUAUCUACACUGUUUCUAAAAGCAACUAACACUAUAGCUAACAAAUUUAUGCAGCUUUACAAUGGUAUACUUCAAAUGUAUCAGUAAACAAAGUCUACAACUUCCAUGUUAUCAUAAGCAAUCCGCAAAUGACUGAAUUUUAUAAAGUAUGGGUUUCGAUUCCAAUCACUUAUGUAUCUGUUGUUAAAAGAAAU